UAGACAACCUACUGCAUAAAUCUUGUUUUAGUAUACCCCUUUUCCCCUAGCGACAGCCUUGAGGUUUCAAUAGACUAUGAUACGGUUGGCCCUAUAAAUAUAACAUUCACGGUUAGCAAUCGAAGAUCUCCAAGAUGGGGAAGAAGGCAGCAAAAGAUCAGUCACCAGCGCUACACGUUGUGAACAAGAUAAAUUGUGCUGCGUGUAAGAAUAGCAUAGGCCCUGUGGCGCUACGACACUAUUGCGCCAUAUGUAAGAUCUAUUUCUGCAAUCCGUGCCAUCCACGUGUCAAUCAUGAGCAUCAAUGUUACAGUAACAAGAACAUCCUGCCGAAGCUACACAACAUCAGGAAUAUCGCCAACCUUGUCGCAAGCGAAAACCGAGCUAAUUUACCAAUAGUUGAGGUGAUCCGCAAACGCAGAACCUCUUAUGCAAAAGAGGUGUCCAAAAGAAUCACGAAAAUGCUUUGUAAACAAUUUCAGGCUGAUUUGGAGGAGACAUUUAGAGAGCACCGCGAAACACUUGCGAAGGUCCAAAAGAAGAUCAAUGAGAUACACUCAACGAAAUCGAAUAAUGUGAAGCUUAAAUCUGACUCAGAUGUACAACAAGAUGCAACAAGUACAGCUUUGUGCACAAAGGAAGCAUCUCAAGGCAGCAGUGAAGAGGAGCUUGCCGUCACAUCGGGUGAGGCCGUCACAUCGGGUGAGAAUCAGGGCAAAGCGGAGGCACAGAAAGCUAGUGAGAAGGAGGAGUUUAUCUCCGAUAAUGUACUCAAUUCAGUCUUUGAGAACGCUAUCAAAUCGGCUCUAAUGAUAGCACAGAAGGCGAUUUUGCCGGACUCGGAGUCGAUUGUAGUGCGCAUCGAAAAGGGCCUAAUUACAAUAGAUCCACCGGUGGAUGCCGAGGAAGAAGUGCCAAAGGUUAAAGAGCCCGCUACUAAGGGCAGGAAAAGGAAUGGUAAAAACAAGCAAUCAGUCGUUAUCGAGCCUAUACGUACACACAAGCGAGAGCUCAUGGACCAGGUUAAGGUGAGGGAGGCUGUCAAGGCCACACAGUUGCUCGGAAAUCUUCGGCAGUCGGCUUUGCGUUCUCAAGAGACGAAAACAGACAAUCAGUCGAAGACAGACCCACCCGUCACGGCAAAUGAUAAGAAAAAGGGGGUCUUCAAGAAACCCGGAAGCCAAGGUGCAAAGAGUGAGAAGCUAAAAAAGUCUGGACAAUCUAGGCCAGUGUUGGCGAGCAGUAUCGUCGAAGCUGCAAAUGCGGCACGUACAAACCUUAACGACGAUUCAAUGGUGAAAGACGAAGCUGUAGAGAUGAAUAUGUGUCUCGACCCUGAGAUAGUUGCAGAGGUAGUGAUGGGUGUAGAACCAGCAAUUAUGAGAGUCAAACCUCGGGCACCCACUCCACCGCCCCCAACUGCAGUGCCUGAGUAUCAGUUAAAACCUAAGGCGACAGCUAGUGGGGUGCCGCAGAUAGUAGGCGCAGGUAGCGCUAAGGUGAAGGCAACGAAGGGAAAAGGUGUACCUGGACCGAAAAGGAAACCGGGUCCUAAACCGGGAUCGACCAAGAGAAAGCGAGACACCACUAAAGGUGCCAUGGCCGAAGAUAAAGACACAGCACCGAUGCCAAAGAAGAAGAGAACCGCCAAGACAAAUCAGAAGAAUCGCGUGUCAACACCUAUACUGCAUGAGCCCACGAGGAUGGAUCUCACAGCCGUGUCAGCAGCGAAUGUGACUGGGGUUAAGAAGGUUAAAAAUAAAAACGGGUCAUCCAAUCCAAUCGGAUUGGAGCACGCGUCCAAUCAGGAUGAGGAGGCCAAUGUGAUAUUGGCACCUGAGAGAGGCCCCGAAAGGGAAGUGACGGGGAUGCCAGAUAGAGAACUGCAGACGCAAGAUGACAAGCAGAAAAAGGAGUUGAGCGACAAACUGCUCAGACUCGCCGACAUUGAAGACCACAAGAAGUCGCAGGAAAUGUACAUGCGUCCAGCGACGAAUAUGCACUCCAUCGGUAACGGUAGUACGAAUGCGAUGACAGAGGAGCAAGGGCAUACAUCUCGUAUGCAAAACAAUGCAAUGGCGGAUGUGGACCGUAGCAGUGCGGAUAAGAGUGCGGGUGGCCAGCACAUGCGCAAUGUCUCCAGUCAGUCGACUACGUCGAGGCAGGACUUCAUCAACCCCAUGGUGGCCAAGCGACAGGGAACGGCAUACAACCAGCAGAUCGCCCGGGAGAAACUCAUACAGCAACGACACUACUUAGAUCAAAAGGAACUCGGAGAACGUGAAAUGCCGCACUCCAACUCAAACUCCAACAAUGACAUCGUAGGCGAUGGGGUUAUGGAGAAUGCAGGGGACGUGAGUACCGGUAAGGUGAAUGUGGAUGAGAGUGCAAGAUUGGGAGGGAGAAAUAGCUACAAAAUGAACCCCUACGCACGCACUCCCCACGAACAAAGCGGCCCAGGCCUGCCUAGAGCGAGAGGUGAAAUGGACCGCAUGGACCGGGCUGAGUUUGACCAGGGCGAGGAAGCGCUGCGGAAACAUCGGGUGUUCGAUGGCGAUCGAGAAAACUUUCUCGCACGGGAAAGGUACCAACAGGCCCAGAUACUUCGGAACAGGCAAGCUGAGGGUUUGCAAUUAGAGCAGCAAGAGAGGGCGAGAAUACAACAGCGCGAGAGGCAGAUGUUUGAGGCGGGUGCUGCUAGGUCACUACAGAGGAACGAGUCCAUGCGGUUCGGGGCGUCUCACAAAGGUCGGAGUGCCGCAGAUGCGGAGAAAAGCGAGUACCACAGCGAGCGAGCGCGUCUGGCUAUGCAAGAUGAGAUGGAGCUGGUUGAGAGAGAUCCCGAUGGAGCACACGGAGCUAAAGGGAUGCGUGGGAUUGCUCUGAAUGGACCUCCGCUGCCUAGGGGAGGUCCAAGAGACAGUCGUGAGCAGGGUAUGCGCGUUAUGAAUGAGGAGUAUGCGAAAGCAAACCCCUCGAAAGUAGAGCAAUACCGUCUGCAGCAGGAGAGCGAGCGCGAGAUGAGUGGACAACGUGGAGCACCACAGCCACCGACACAGCACAUGGAGGAUAGAAGACGCGUACUUGAUGGAAGGGCAUCUGCGGGUAUGGGUAUGGAUGCACCCCAGGGACAAGGCAGGCACUUUCAGGAGGGGAUGCCGGUUCAAAGGCAAGCGACUGGAGAAUACAGGGGGGUGCCCAGAGGAGAGGGGAGCAACAUGCUGGCGGCGCGAACGAGCAGGGAUGGCCUGAGUGCUAAUCAGCGACGAUUGAAGGGGUUGCAGAUCGAAUUGCAAAAUAUGGAUGUGCGUGAUCCCAACCGCGCAAGGUUAAUGGCAGAGUUCACAAACCGAAAGGACUUUGAAGAACAGCAGCAGCAGAGCAGAAGCACGCCCCAAAUGCAGGCCCAGGGUGCGCCUGAAGAUAUACCCCGAAACGCCGCUAACAUUGGUAUUGGGAACGGUGCAUCAUACAACGCUAGGACUCCCUCCCAGUCGUGUGGAGGUGUUGCCAGAGCAAAUCCUCCAUCUUAUGCCUUAGGAAGGCAAGGUAUUACAAACGGCCAGAAUAUGGCCCCUGGUGGUUGGCGGGGACCUCCUGGACACGAGACUAUUGAAGACACAUCUCAGCACACUAUGGGCAGACAGCAACAGCAACGACAGGGUAGAAUUUCGGCCAUGUCCCCGAAUAUGUCGGCCCGAAUGGACAUCAAGCACGAGAGCAUUGGAAACGAGCGAAUGCGCGAUAGUAUCCUAGGGGAGGGCAAUGCCCAGUAUGCCAAUGUGAACGGACGAGCCGAAGGAGGGGGUAGUAUGGGCGUCAGUGAGCGUAUAAGUGGUGCUCAGCGUCCAUCCGAUGCGAGAGGUGCUCGUGGUGGCCCACGGGGUGCGGAGGGUAUCAGAGGCAGCUACAGCAACGCUUACGAACCUAUGAUGCAAGCGGGCGUGGUGAAUGGUGGGAAGGGCGGGCGAGUUGGCCCGGGCGGUGAGGCUGAAGAUCACAUCAGACGAAGCAAUGUGAAUUUGAGCGCUGCGAGAGCUCGAGCGCCUGUCAGACAGCGGCCGGAUGGGGCGCAGAAUUUCCAGCAACGCGCACCGCAACAACAACAGCAAAUGUCCCUGGAUCAGCUUAACCAACCAAGACAGUACGGCAGUAUAGAACGUGAGGGUAUGCCGCAGGCACGCCCGAGUAAGCAUGUGAUGGCUGUCCAGGAACGCUGGCAAGGAAUGGGUUUGCAAACCGGAGAUAGAAGACCAAUGAAUGCGAACUAUGAUCCGCAUGAGUUGGCCCAGAGAGAUGAUAGGAGAGAGAUUAGCCGAGAUUAUCGUUGAUUCCAGGAAGUGCAUGAAAUCCUACAUCUGUGGUGCACCAACGCUUUCAUACAACCUAAGUUGCAUCUUACAAAGCUGGUUCCGUAGUCGACUGCCAUCUGGGCUUCCUUCACUCAAUUUGUAAUAAUAAGGUUGGGAUUGAACUCAGAAUAGCAAUAGUACAAAAUGAGAUUUAUGAACGGCUUCAAAUAUCGUCUAGGAAUGGAUUUCCAGCUGUGCAUGGAAAAGCAAAUAUAAGAAAAUUGAAUCUUUGUUCGUCGCGCAGCGCCUAGUGCAGAGCUGACUAUCAAGUAGCAUGAGAAUAACUAUCUGUUACGUCAAGCAGAGACAUUCGUAUUUUUGAUAGUGGUGACUACAUAGUACUAUCGGUAGUUCGAUAGUGGUUGACUACAUAGUACUAUCAGCUAUUGCAAUUCUAUCAGGGAUUGAUCUAAGCGAUCAUCCAAUUACAAUCCAAGCACAUAAAAUUGUACAAUUGCUUUACUACAGGAAGCGCAU